GGAAAUAUCAAAACCCUUUCGUAGAGAGAGAGAGAGAGAGAAGACAUGGAUGAAGAUGGCAUUGAACUGGCCUUGGCUCGAGCUUCAGAACUCAGGGCCAAGAUCACUAACUGCAUCCACAAAGCAUCGGCUAAUCAGACGCUGAACAGUUUACAAGAAGGUCAAGAUAGAGAGAAUGUAGACACUUACGGGAUUCGUUCCAAUGGCACUCAAGCGGAAGAUGAAGAGGAAGAAGAGGAAGAAGCAGCAGUCGAGAGCCUUUUGAACAUACGGGACGCUCUCGAAUCUCUCGAAGGCCAGCUCACUUCUUUGCAGGCAUUGCAGCAGCAACAAUGUUACGAAAGAGAAACAGGACUGUCAGAAAUUGAAUUGAGCCGAAAAAAGUUGCUUAAGAAACUUCAGGAGUACAAAGGCAAAGACUAUCAAGUAAUCUACGAUGCAACAGCUUUUGCUAGUGAAACUGUUGAAGUAGCAAACAAUGAUCUCCUUCUUCCUCCAUAUGGACCAUAUCCCAGCAGGCCACCGCCGCCCAGGCCUUCUUCCCUCUCAGUCUCGCGCAAGUUUGAGCAACACCCAACAACGAGUGAUGGUAAAAAGUGUAGAGUUGAAUCAUCAUCAGAAGAAGGAGAAGAAGAGAAGAAGGAGAAGUCAGAAUGUGAAGAAGGUAAUAAGAAGCAGGCACUAAAAGGGUUGAAAUAUCUGAUCAAUGCAGGGACCAAGACAAUGCUUAUGGUUGUGGGUGUUGUAUUUGCUUUGCAUUUAACUGGAUUUGAACCUAGGGUGGUGAGGAAGAAGAAGAGGGAUAAACAGGAGGCAUUCAAUAAUGUAUUUGGCAUUAUUGAGAAAGAGAGAAUGAUAACGCAAUGCCCGGCUGGGAAGGUGUUGGUAGUUGAAGAUGGAGAGUCGCGCUGUGUGGUGAAAGAGAGAGUUGAAAUUCCGUUUGAAGCAGUUGUUGUUGUUGCAAAACCUGAUGUUAGCUUCGGAUGCGGUUGAGAGAAAAAACAGGUACUUGAUCUUUGUUUUUAGCAUCUCUCUGUUGUUGUUGUUGUUUUUGUACAUUCUUCUAAAUUCACUUUGAACCAACAACUAAUGUGGGAAAUUUGGUUUCCCUUUAUUUUUGUGUUUCUUCAUUCCCUUCAGUUUCAACCUUUGAAUAAAACAAUGGAGAGAGUGCUUUGAAAUUUUAA